GAAGAAGACUUCCCAUCAUGCAACCCGGCGCGCGAGUUUGGAUUUUGUUUUGCAGUUACUAACAUGAAAUACUGCACAUUAACAUGUUAGCUUAACAGUAUUAUACUAUCAAGUUUAUCUCGGACACUCUUGUGUGGUGUUGGCAGGUAGUGGAAGAGCGGGCGUGGUUUCAGCAGUGAAUGGAGGAUGAGCAGCCCAGGACAGAGCCGAGGAACACCCAACCCUCCUGACCUCUUUGAGGACUUGUUGAGACAGCUCAGAGAGUGUCAUCAAGGUGCACUUCAAGAGCUGGAGGCAAAAGUGAGCAAGUUGAAAAAUGAGCGCUGUCUAGAUGCAAAGAGACUCGAGGUGUUUUACAAUCGCACUCAGCAGCUGAAGCAGCAAAACAAAACCCUGCAGGAUGCCAACACUCACCUGGAGGGAAGGCUCCAUGCAGGAGAGUGUGAGCGAUGUGCCGCCUUAGAGGAGAACCUAAAAAAUAACCAGGAUCAUAAUUUAAGCCUCAUCGCCAAACUGAAGACUGAAAGAAACAGCCUUCAGGACAAAAACAGGAAACUACAGGCUGAACUGCAAAAAUUAAAGAUGUCUCGCUCGGAGCCCCAGCAGACCUCAGAACAAGAGGAAGGCAUCAUCCCAGACUCACCAGUUCUGCCGAGCUCGCUGCCUGUGGCGAGCAGACUGAAGAAACGAAAAGAUGUUGACAAAAAUAAGCACGUUCGCUACGCAGAGAUGCCUCUACCUCAGUCUAACAAGUCGCUCUUCAGCGCACUGGAUAAGGAGCCUGUUGACGCUACAAAGAAUCCUGGACGAAUGCAAGUGCUUGUACCCAACACCUGUGAACUGGACACAUCCCACAUCAUAGAGGAUUCAAAUCUAAAACUGGAGGAGGCGAUAGCAGAAACCUGUGGCCUUGAACUUCUUGACAAGCCUCACACGAGCACUGAGACGAUUGCAGGCCAGCAGGGCAGCUCAAAAUCUCAGUGGAGGCAUGGCGUUCGCUUGGGACCUUACCACUCCCCCGGUCCAUCCACGCUGCUCCACAGUCCAGACUCGACCACAGAAACAUCCCCGUCACUUCUCCCACGUGUCAAAAGGUUUGCAGAGACUAGCUUCACUAACAAGGUGAAACGGAAGAAGGAGGAAAGUGAGCAGGAGCUGCAAGAGGAGGACAAACAAGGAAUCCAGGAACAGGUGAAAGGCAAACAUAAGCAACCAGACCUGAACAAACACACCUCCACACCUUUAAGCAAUCAAAGCUUCAACAAGGAGCUGCUGGACAGUAAGGUUCGUCCAGCACUAACUGGGACAUCCAGCCAAAGGCCGAAUGUGCCCAGUACAAGUCCUGUUUUCAAGAGGCCAGAAGUUAGAGAAGCAAACAAGGACAGUGUUGGGAAGAAAGAGCCCCCUUGGCUGGGUCUGAAUGCCUCACAUGACCAACAUGAAGGAAAAGAUGCUGAAAGGAAGCACAGAGUGGAGUCCUCGUGGAGCAUCGACCCUGCGCUCGCACUGUCCAUGUAUGACAGCGAGUGGAGAGGAGACAAGCAAAAGGGAGAAGACGAAGAAGAAGAAGAAGAAGAAGAAGAAGAAGAAGAAGAAGAGGGUCAUGGAGAACUGGUAGAUACAGACUGUACUUGGGUCAGUCACAGCUUACUUCAGGGUCGGGCAGAAAAUGCACAGGACAGAAAGACCAGCGUGUCUGGAGUGGGCGAGAAGGCAAAUGACAGUUUGGAUCUGAUGUUCGACACAACAGCUUACGGGGAGUACAAGUCUUACAACAGUUCACACUUGGGCCAGAGUCAGCCCUGUGGUGAAGAUGAUGAUGAUGAAGAGAAGGAUGAUGAUCAACAAGAUCCUCAUGAAAACACUAUGAGCCAAUAUAACAGGCACAAAGCAGGGCGUCCAGCAUUUGCACACAUGGCUGUAAUUCGCAAGAAAGACGAGAGACGGAAACUGAAGGGCACCACCUGCAAAGAAUGUGAAAUUUAUUACGCACAUCUGCCAGAGGAGGAGAAGCAGAAGAAGCUGACUUCCUGCUCGAGACACAGAUUUCUCUACAUUCCUCCUUGUACACCUGAACAUUUCUGGGAAGUUGGAUUCCCAUCAACUCAAACCUGCAUUGAAAGAGGUUAUAUCAAAGAAGAGAAGGAUCCCCAGGCACGUAUGCGGAGAAGACAACCAUUCAACGCUUUGUUCUCACCAAACCCAAAGCAAAACCAGCAGGAGAGCUAAGAAAUGUUUGCUCAUAUAAGAACUGUUCGAUUUGAUUAAGUCACAGAAAACUAUUACAGUAUAUGAAGAGCAGGCUCGUCACUGCGUUGCACUGAGUACCACCAAGUUCUGUAUUAUAUAGUGACCUUAUACUGUCUUUUUUUUUCGGUUUCAAGUCGUUAAUGUCAGUGUGCUGUCUGUGUAGAGCUGGGGAAGCCAACCUGUGGCUCCAGGGCUGCAUGCAGCUCUUUAACUCCUCUCCUGUGGCUCGUUUAUUUUGGUGGGCAUAAGGUUACUCUUACAUUCCUCAACUGUAAAUAAGUGUAGCUCAUACAUCAAUUUAAAAAAAUGUUUUAACUAUACCGUGGCGUGGCGCCUUUUUGUCUAUCUGUUAGAAAUGUUGUUAGGCGAAAUUCGACUUAAAAGGCUGUGUUACCUUUCUUUUUCUUUUUUUUUUUUGGCCAAAAAUGGCUCUUAUGAUAGUAAAGGUUGCCAACCCGUACUAAAGACUGCUUGCCAGUUUCGUGUUUAGUUAAGAUUUACCAGAUACUGAGUAUACUUGGGGUGUUUUUGGAUA